AUGGCCGAAUCUGCCCCCUUACUCUCGUCGGUGGAUGGUCUCAACGGAGAUUUUCCGGCCAUCCUCCAGGGCAAAAAGAUUCUCCUGGCAACCGAAUCAUGGGGCCCUGUGAAUGGGGUUAGUCGCACCACCCGGAGUCUCGUCGAGUACCUCCGCAGUCAUGGCGUCGAACUGAUUCUCGUCGCACCUCAUUUCAAAGGCGAGUAUGGCUCAAAACAGACCUCGGAGUGGGAGCGUCGUCUGCCUGGCUGCGCCUUGCCCUACAAUCCGGAUUUGACGAUUGUCUAUCCCUUUCAUUUGGGCGAGGUCUAUAAGCAAACGUUCCAUCCCGACAUCGUCUAUCUCGCCAGUCCUGCAUCCCUCGGGUUUCAGAUGCUACUGCAGAUCCGUCAGCUGCGAUCGCCACCGCCCGUCCUACUGAAUUUUCAAACCGACCUCUCGGCCUACGCGGAGAUCAUGCUGCCGGCACCUCUCAAUCAAUUUGGGGUCUGGCUGUUGGCCAGUGUCCAGGGGUUCUUGUUCCGCACGGCUGCCGUGCGUACAAUCUUCUACCCAUGCUCCGCCAUCCGGGGGUACCUUGAACAGGCCGGUGCCCCCGUUGAUCGGCUGAUCCAAUUGGGCCGCGGCGUAGACACCGUCCUCUUCACUCCAACCCAUCGCGACGAGGCCUACCGCCGGGAGAUCGCGCCCGCUGGCGAGAUCAUACUCAUCUGUGUCUGCCGGAUCGCCCCCGAGAAGGGGUUCGAGUUCCUCGCGCAGGUCGCGACUCGCUUGGCGGCGGACAAAGUACCGUUCAAGCUGCUGAUCGUCGGCGGCAACCGCAAUCCUGUAGUGGAAAACCGAGUCAAGCGUCUCUUUGAUGGGCUCCGCAACCAUGUCAUCUUCACUGGAUUCCUCACUGGUGUAUCACUGGCUCGGGCUUAUGCCUCCGCCGACCUUUUCCUCCAUUGUUCCAUCACGGAGACCUUUGGUUUGGUCGUGCUGGAAGCCAUGGCUAGUGGACUACCUGUCAUCGCGCGGGACCAGGGCGGUCCCUCUGAUAUCAUCCGCCACGGUCAGACGGGUUAUCUGGUUCCCCCGCAAGAUCUGGAUCGCUUCACCAAUCUGACCCGGGACGUGUCCCACGAUUCUAUUCGACGGUCGAUACUCGCUGCCGCGGCGCGCCAAUAUGCCGACGACACCACCUGGGAAAAGAUCAACCGUCGCGCGGCCUGGCAUAUGGCAGAUGCUUUAACUCAUACGGAUCAAGAGUCGCAUGGUCCACGGCCUCGGGUGCGGCCUGGCAUCAUUGGAUCCACGAUGGAACAAAUCCGCCUCGUUUUUGCCGUAGGGGUGGUCUACGCGAUGUGGCUGAUUGCUGUGGUCCCAUUGAUCGUCCAUGGGCACCGCUUCAUUCCCCGGGCCUGGCAAGCGGUCCGAGAACAGUUCCAGUGUACUCGGCCGCUUCGCAGCUGA